AUUACAAGUGUAAUAGUGUAAAAAGAUCGCAAGACAAUUACUUAGUGAAUAUCCUAUUUAGUAAUCACUGUACUUAGUAGACGCCCUGUUUAGUCAACACCCCAGUCGAUAUCCUAUUUAGAAGACACUCUACAUAGAUGCUACCCAACAUAGUAGAUACCCCCCACAUAGUCGACACCAUGUUUAGUCUAUGCAUUUAGAACUCAUAUGUGAGUAUGAGUGAUUACUGUGGAGUCUGGGCACUAGUUUAUGGUUUAAUCACAGAACCAAUGCACAGAACUGACAGGAAUACUGUAAUAACAGUACGAACUUGUGGUACUAGUACAAUCUUUUCGAGAUAAUGAUUAGACCAAUAGGAAAAAGAAAAAGAAACUGUCGAGAUUUUUGGUUAUCCUUGCGGAAGGUGUUAAGUCAGAAACUACACUGUGAUGAUUGCUGUCGACAGACGUCUUUACUUGAAGGCAAUGUUACUGCCACAUUAACUAAUGAUGGGACAGUAGUUUCUACUAAACUUAAUCCACUGCACCAUUCAACAGAGCAUGUUGGUCAGUAUUAUACUGUGCCAAUUAGUGAUGUUUCUGUUCUAUUUUCCCAUGGCUUACCAAAAUCUGGCUAUUUGGAUGAGAUGAACACAAUUGGAGAAUUCAAUUUGAUGAUAAGAAAACCAGCUCUAACCAUUCUCAAUGCAUUGAAUAUAGAAGAAAAGAGAGUUAAAAGAAUUGUAAUUUAUGGUGAAGAUGGCUGUGGUAAAACAUUGACUUUAUCUCAUGUUAUUCAUAACUGUUAUUUAAAAGAAUGGAUCCUUCUUUUACUUCCCAGCGUCUUCAAGAUGAUUCACGGAAGGCAAAACGUCAUUCCGUCAAUUUAUAAUCCCAAAAGGUUUGACCAGACCGAAGUUGCGCUCACCUGGUUGAAAAGUUUCCAGAUAUUGAACGAAAGAUUUUUAUCUAAGAUUAAAACGACAAAGGAAUACAAAAUAAGUCAGAAGAUAUCAAUUGAUACUGGCAGCUCAAUAAUCAAUGUUAUUGAUCAGGCUUUUCAUCGACCGAAUUUUGCUUCCGAUGCCGUGGGAAUUACGCUUAAAGAGGUGCAAUGCCUGAGCAAUCGGAUUCCUGUUCUUUUUGCUGCGGAUGAAUUCAAUGGUUUGUUUUGGCAAACGUCUUUGAAGAACCCCGAAAAUAAUGAAAGACUGAAAAACAAGGAUCUAUCUUUGGUGAAACACUUUGUGAAGUUAUUUCGUGAGGAUUCUUCUUUGGCAAAGGGUAGUUAUGUUGUAGCUUUAUCAAGAACAGGCAUGGAAAGAUCGUUUUGCCCCAGUUAUCAUUAUUCAGAUCUUCUUCGACCGAAAGGCCUUUCAACCCUUGGAUACUUCGACCCCGUCAAUGUUCCUGCGUAUGAUGAAGAAGAAUUACAAAAAUGUUUGACGUAUUACCAUAAAAAAGGAAUAUUUUCAAAAGAUUUCUCUAUCGACCAGACAUUCAAGGAGGUGGCGUACCUCACCAAUCGUCGACCGAUUUUAGUUCAGAAAAUGGUUUUGCCAUUUUGAAUAAACUUCAAAGUAUGAACGGUGGUGUAUUAUAUUGUAAUUCAUACACAGAACACACAUAAUCGGCAAUCGAUGAAAAGGUUCUCUGAACUGUGGAUUGCUGAAAAAAUAAAUUUUUGCGUCGCCAUUGAUAAAAACAGACAAUGAAAUUAAAUGUCGUAAUAUUUAUACAGGAAAAUUCCGUUAACCAACUACGAAAAUUGUAGUGGAAAGAACUCUCAAUCGUCCACAUUUGCUUUCUGCACCCAUGAUCAACAAGUUAUUUCAUGUUUUAUGAUGUUUACUCGUUGUGUUUCUGGGUGUGUUAAAAUCACUGGUAAAACAGAUUCUACGAUUUACUUUUCACAGUCUUUGUAGCGGUAUAUCCAGGGUAUAUCCAUUAGACGUCAUCUCUCCUUUACGGAGGGUUUAUUCGAAGAGGGGCUCACCCCCCUUCCUCGUUGAAUUCUAAGUCUUGCAUUGGUAGUAUUAAUAUAUAUAUAUGGAUACCCCACGGUUAAAAAGACUGACCCUUCUUUUUCUCUUAGUCGUUUGUGGCCUAUUAGCAUCCCGUUCCAGGCUUGGUUACACUCGAGUAGAAAACAUAUCAACAUCGAACAAGGAACUGCAGCAAUCACUGUCCAAUAAUACGUUAAGUAUUCGUGAUGAAAAAUCGGAGAGUUUCAGAACAGUUAUGAGUACGGAUGGAGUAUAUGUUUCGACACUCGACACUUGCGUUUGAUGCAUUUUUAACAUCUUUCACAGUUGAUGAGAAAUCGAGAUCUUCAACUUCGGUGACUGCAACUGCAUAACUUAGAAAAACAUGACUUUGUUCUCAUUAACAAAACCAAUGCUGCUGAAGUAUAAAUGGAUGGCAAUGAUGUUCAAGUAAAGAAAGAAGGUUUACAUCGUCAAAAAUGUUUUAAACAUUCCACAUUACUAGAGAAGACUUAAUGCAGCUAGUGUAUAUGAAUGAGAUGUUACUAGUUUUGUUGAGCAAACUACAUUUAUUCGUAACUCGGCUAAUUGAACUGCAAAUGUAACAUAAGUACCAUAUAACAAUGGCAUAUGCUGUAGUAUGAAAUAUGUGCACAAUGUAUAAUUAUUGAUUUUUAAGUGUUCAAUACUUCAAUAGUUAUAGACAUCCUCUGACUUGUUUAAUAAAACAAUGACGUAUAGUACAUUAA